AUGAAAUCGUCAGCAGCUGUGAUUGCUCAGUCACUGAGUGAAUUCGGUCGCUGUCUAAAAGAUACAGAAUUGCCGAACGAUGUUGAAACAACGGCGCGAAUUUUGGAAAUCCAGACCGCUGAGAGGGAUGCCAUCAAGGAAGAUUUUCGCAUAUCAAUACGGAAAGGCUUAUCGUUACUGAGGCAU